UCCAAAUUCUUUAAUUUUUUUGAAUCCCACAAUCAACACAACACAAUUUAACAUCUUCUUCUUCUUCUUCUUAUCUUCUUCUUCUUCUUCUUCUUUUUAUGAUGUCUAAAUCAAAUAGUGUAAGAAAACAUGUUCUUGAGAAGAGCAAGAGUGUGAAAGAAACACGUUAUAAUAAUAAUCAUAAUAAUAAUAAUAGUAGUAAAAAUAAUAAUAAUCAUAAAGCAUUAUUAUUGAGCCAAAGUUUCUUCCCAAAAUUCUUAAAGAAAGUUUACCCAAUUGGUCUUCAAAAAAGCAAUUCAUCUUUGUCUUUGUCUUCAAUAUCAUUGUCUUUGUCUCAAAACUCAAAUGAUUCAUUAUUGUCUCAAGCUGAUGAUUCAGUCACUAAUACUACUCCACUUGAUGAGAAGAUUUCAUUGGCAUUGCGUUUGAUUUCACCACAAACUACUAGUCAUGAAGUUCUUAGAGAUGAGGUUAAUAUUAAUAACUCACUGCCUAAAAUUGUUCAUCAUCAACAACAACCAAGUUCACUAACAAUAUUACUCAACAAUGAUGAUGAUGAGCCUGGUGAAUUGAGAAGAUGCAAUUGGAUCACAAAGAAUAGUGAUAAGGUGUAUAUAGAAUUUCAUGAUGAAUGCUGGGGAGUUCCAGCUUAUGAUGACAAAGAAGUUUUUGCUGGGUUUGAUCCAAAUAUUGUUGCAAAAAUGGAGGAAAAGGAAAUCAUGGACAUAAUAUCAAACAAGGCACUUUCUUUAGCAGAUAGUAGAAUCAUGUGCAUAGUAGACAAUGCUAAAUGCAUAAUGAAGAUUGUGAGAGAAUUUGGAUCAUUCAGUAGCUACAUAUGGGGCUAUGUGAACCACAAACCAAUAAUAAACAGAUACAGGUACCCAAGAAAUGUGCCAUUGAGAAGCCCAAAAGCUGAGGCCCUUAGUAAGGACUUGGUCAAACGUGGGUUUAGGUUUGUGGGCCCAGUUAUUGUUCACUCUUUCAUGCAAGCUGCAGGGUUGACCAUUGACCAUCUUCUUCAUUGUUAUAGGCAUAGUGAUUGUGUGAGAUUAGCUGAAAGACCUUGGAGGCAUAUCUAAUUAACAUCAUGUCACUAUCA